AUGACGUUAAGGAAAAGAUCAAGAUCAAAUCCAAGGCUGAAAGCUGAGGAAGAAUCCUACAACUUUUAUUUAAAGCAUUUGCUUCUAAAAUGCAUUCCGGGAGAGUUAUCGUUAUACAGCAUUGGUUUUGACCUUGAAGGAUCAGUCAAAGUCAAAUAUGAGAGAAACGAAAGUUUGUUACUGGCCACAAAAUAUACAAAUUACUAUGCUUAUAUGCAGAAAAUGGUAGAUGGCAACAUAAUGUGA